AUGUCGUGUGGUGCUAGUGGUGGUGGAUUUAGUGGAAGUAUAGAAGGUGUUCCUGAAUCUAUAGGCAGCGAUGGACGAGGAGAUGGAAGUGGUGGUGGUAGCGACGAUGAAGACUGCGGCGUUGCAACAGAUGCCAGUGCAGAGAUGUGUGUGAAUGGUGAGAUGGUUCUUGAACAAGAAAAAUUUCUUGGUAUGUUUCCAAAUGGUUCUCUUUCAAGUUUAAAAAAGAAAAAACCUCAUAAAUCUAAAGUUCCUAACAAGGUUUUCGCAAAUAAACUAGUGGAGUUUGAAUCUUUUUGGGGAUUAGAAUUUCCACCUUUGAAGACUAACCGUGAAGAGAUGUUUAGCGAUUUGGAAAAAAAUCACGAUGAUUUAUUUGUAGAAGAUGUUGAUAGGUCUGAAAUGUCUUUAGACAGUGGUCCUCAUUGCGGGGUAGCCGGAGUAAACUACAAAGUACGUAAACGAGAGAACAUAGAUCAAAAUAUGGCUAUGCAGGUAACUGAUUAUGGUGUGGCACAACCGCAAGGAACAGCAAAUGAGCUGACGCCUUCGAUACGAAGAUUGGAUUAUUUCUGGGAUGCCACAAACCUGGGGAUACUAAUUCUGGAACAUAUCUGUGUACUAGCUGCUCCAUUCUAUUUUACUUGGAAUGCAUUUCGGGUUUUUGUGAUAUUGAGUAUCCUAACAGGACCCAUAGGGGUUAGUCUUAGUUACCAUAGAAACCUUUCACACAAAAGUUUGAAGCUCACAAAGUCACUUGAAUAUUUGUUUGCUUACUUUAGACUUCAUGCUGCAGUGGGAGACCCUAUAUUUUGGACAAGCAUUCAUCGGUAUCACCAUCAGUUCGUAGAUUCCGUUAAAGACCCACACAGCCCAAUCGAAGGAUUUUGGUUUAGCCACGUAAAUUGGACUUUUCGAAACACCUAUCUAUGGGAAAAGUGCGAAAACCGGAACAAUGUAAUGGAUUUACAAAAGCAAGAUUACUACAGGUUUCUUCAGAAGACAAUGCCUCUUCAUGUAGUUAGACUUGGACUGCUGUUAUACAUUGCAGGAGGCUUGCCCCACCUUAUUUAUGGAAUGGGUGUUAGAAUGGCGUAUGUACACCAUGCCUUUUUCUUCAUCAAUUCAGUGUGCCAUAUAUGGGGUAAAAGGCCGUACGACUCCAAAGAUUUAUCCAAGAACAAUUGGAUGGUGAACCUAAUCAACUUAAGUGGAGAAGGCUGGCACAAUAAUCAUCAUGCCUUUGAGUUCUCCGCUCGGAUAGGGCUCGAAUGGUGGCAGCUCGAUAUUCCAUGGUAUAUUAUAAAGCUACUGGGGAGCCUUGGGUUAGCAACAAACGUCAAAGUCCCUACCGAAAUUCAGAAACUAAAAAUGUGUUUUAAAAAUCAAUAAUGAGUUUCAUCUGUAUUGUAUCUUUAAUAAAUAACUUGGUCUAGCUUUUCAACCUCUAGCAAAAAAAAGGAAGAACUCAGGGGACCA